UGGUGCGACUCCCUGCGCCGUGGACGAGGCUGAGGCUCGCACGGAGGACUUCCACCUCCGUCACUUGGUCGACGGACUCCUCUGUGCCUGCACGCCCUGCACACUGCUGGAACUUGGUGGCUCUUGAGUCCUCUUGGCACCAGCACCACUCCGGCUAGGCUUGCUAGGCUCCCCGAUCCCCGGUCCCGGCCAGCCCGCCCCUCCACGACCCGCUGCCUCUCCAGUGCGGCAGCCCUCCGCGGACUCAGCCUCAGCGCUCUGAGACCCCCGAGACCGGCAGCAGCAAGCACUCGGCAACCACUUGCAAGAUGAGGUCAAGCGUGGUGACUCUGGCCGCCGUGCUCGCCGUCAUGGUGGGCCUGUCCACCGUGACCACCCCGGUAGCGGCGCGCUACCUGCCCACCAAGCGGUCCGACAACGAGCGCCUGGACCGCCUCGCCCACCUCAUCAAGGAGCUGCUGGCCGAGAGCGACGCCGCCCCGCUGGAGCACCCGGCCUACGACCAGCGGGUGUUCUACAAGCGGGAGGCGCCCUUCCCCGUCGACAUGAAGGAGUCGGCGCAAGGCCCGGCGGCCGGCGGGCUGCACCGCGCCGCCGCCGCCAACCCCGCCAACUGAGGUGCCGGGGGUGACCCCGGGGCCUGGCCCUCGCCCCGGCCCCGGGGCGGCCCUGGGGCCCGCUGGGAGGGGAGCCUCUUCGCCGAAGCACGAGCCCGAUCGGCAUAGACAACAAGACAACAACCAGCUCGCGGAGCAUGGGGCAAUCCGCACUUUAGAGUCAAUCGUUCAAGGAAAACAAUGUUUCAAAAUUUACACUUUGGAAAAAAAAUGUCUGAGCGUUGAAGAGGUUCCCCUUCCAACUUCUUUUUCUCACUUCUUAUCUAUUGUCCUUGAAAGACUUACCGGAGUUUCAACGUCCUUUCCUCAGCCCUAGCAGAAACUUGGCGGGAUGUUUUCAAUGAGUGGCAGAUUGUAUAUUUUUCUAGAGAGAUAGACAGAGUAUUCCACGGCGCACAUAGAGAGUUGGUACUAAUCGAAUAUGUUUUGCUGCCACUGGCUGGAGAGCAAAUUUUAUUUAUGAUCGAAUCUGGCCAUUCACUGGAAACAUCCAAGAUGCCCACGAAACUUCAUUUCGAAAACAUGCACAGAGUACUGUAGUUCCCCACAGAGAUAAUAUAGUAGUGUUAGAAGUAGGUUAUUGACAAAACAGAAAAAUAGCUAUAAAAUAGUACUGUUAUUCAAAGUUUAUGAAGAUUUCUGAAAAGUUAAAACUCUAAUGCGUUUGUGUUGCGAAAAUGGUACCUCAAUAUUGUGCCAAUGCUGGUAAGUUAAAUAUUGUGUUAAAAGGCUUUGUCAAUAGUUGUUCAAAAAGAAUCUUGCACGCUGUUAGCUAGGUCAUGCAACGAGACACACUCUAAAUUCUUAUCAUAUCUUUCUGGAAAUGGUAAAUCAGAACUUAACAGAGCAUACCUAUGAUCAUUAUGUUUAAGAAAUGCUGUUAUUCCCCACCCUUUGUACCCGCAGUUCUCAAUGUUGCUGCUGUGUUCUCAAGGCGCCGAGACAAAUAUUAUGUAACAACGGAUUUUGUGCCUUUUAAAAUUACUGUAUCUCUUUUCUUUUUUAACGCGUGGCUAUUGUAAAGUUUCUCAUUGAAUAUUUUAACGUAGGUGUGUCCAAACAUCAACUAAUUUGUGUGUUGUUUAAUUACUGUGCUCG